UCUCUCUGUUUUUCUUCUGUUUUCAGGAAAAAAAAGUGACCGAUAUUUAAGAUUGGUGGAGCACCACAUAAAAAAGACAGUAAAACAUCUCAUUUGUCUCUCGUUCUGCUCCACCCCUCAUCCCCCACCCUCAUCUCAGCUGUCCUAAAACCGAUUGAUCGGCGUUCACUGUUUGGUUUUGAUUUCUUGACCAUGGUGGGCAUCCUGGCCGGGGGAGGGGGCUUGGUACUCCUCCUCAUCAUCAUCACCUUGGUGUGCUGUUGCCUCAGCCGACGCAAGAGCCACAUGCGCUUUGAAGAGGAAAGAGAGUUGAGACUAGCCCCCCUGACCAAGACCCAGCCUCCUUACCACUCAGAGGGCCAGACAAAGCAUCCUUCUCAACCAGAGUGCCAGAAGCAAAGGCAGACACCCCCCGGUGGGGACCCACCUGGUUCCACCGGCCCCAGGCCCACGGCCAGAGCCCCCAACCAGAGGCCUCGAGGGGGGCCUCCACAGACACCAAUGGAUGAUGAUGAGGAGCAGCCCCCACCACUACCCCAGUCCAAGAAGAAAGGCCCUCACCCCUCCAGACACUGAGUCUGGAAACAGGUUUAGCCUAUAUACUUUCUGAUCCAAGGAAAGGAGGUCCAGCAGUCUACAUGUUGAACAUUUUGUUAUCUAAAGAAUAGAAAAGGAAGGAAAAUACCCACAUUGUUGUUUUCUUCCAACGCCUUUUCAAAAUUCUGUUUCAUUGUUUUUAUGUUGAGUUGAGUGUUUAUCAAAAUCAUCCAUAGGUUGUAGCCUACCUAUCUAUCCACCUCCUCUUGAAGUAGUGACCUUAUGUCACUUAUGUCUGUGUGAUUGUCAAU